UUGUUAAAACAGACCAACAUGUUGAUUCAAAAUGUCAGCUCAAAAUUUGGACACCAUUGAAGAUCAUAUGUUACUUAUAUGAAGAAGUUUAGAAGACAGCUGCUUCAUUUCACAGCGCUCAUCUGUUAAAGGGGAUGAAAACAGGAGGAGAAACACUGAGUCAAACUAUGAGCAGGUCUGAGAGUCACGUCAGCACUGCUCUGUGUGUGUGUGUGUGUGUGGCACUACAGCGAGCAGCUGGCUGUAAGACCUGAACACACACAGCACCAUGGAGUUUAAUUACAGCGGAGAAUGAAGUUUGAUGUCUCGAUGCGUCUCUUGUGGGAUUUCAGUGAUGAGGUGCCUCCUGUCAUGCAUCCUGUUGCUAACCGGUGGACUUCACCAGGUCUUAUCCCAAAGUCCCACAGUCAUUCCAGUUGUGAAUACAGACCUGGACCUAUAUAACAGGACACAGUACUGUAAGUGGCCCUGUAAAUGUCCUAAGGUGGCCCCCGUGUGCCCUCUGGGAGUCAGUCUGCUCACAGACGGCUGUGACUGCUGUAAGGCCUGUGCUAAACAGCUGCGAGACACCUGCAAUGAGAGAGACACAUGUGACUACCAUAAGGGGCUGUACUGUGACUACAGCGCUGACAAGCCUAGGUACGAAAAAGGCGUGUGUGCAUAUCUGGUCGGGACAGGCUGUGAGUAUAAUGGUGUGAUCUACCGUAAUGGGCAGAGCUUUCAGCCUAACUGUAAAUACCGCUGCUUGUGUAUAAAUGGGGCAAUCGGGUGUGUGCCACUAUGCACUGACUCCCUGCCACCAUUGGGGUGGUGUCAGUCACCCAAGCUGGUGAAGAUUCCAGGCCGUUGCUGCGAGCAGUGGAUCUGUAAUGAACCUCGAAAAUCACGCAGGACGAGCCCAAGACAUGCUGUGGAGGUGUCUCUCAGCACCAAUGAGAUCUGGCACAACAACUGCAUUACCCAGACUACCCCUUGGAGCCCAUGCUCAAAGACCUGUGGGCGGGGUGUAUCUAUGCGACUUUCCAAUGCCAAUACCCAGUGUGUGAUGGAGAAUGAAAGCCGGCUGUGCAACCUCAGGCCCUGUGACGUGGACAUAACCAAACAUUUUCGGCCAGGAAAAAAAUGCCUGAACAUCUAUCGUGAGCAUGAAUUUCAGAACUUCACCAUCUCUGGCUGCAUCAGUAAAAAGCCCUAUUGGCCCAAAUACUGUGGCGUGUGUUCAGAUGAACGCUGCUGUAUCCCUUACAAGUCAAAGACUAUUGAAGUGGAGUUUGAGUGUCCCAAUGGAGCAGUGUUCACCUGGAAAUACAUGUGGAUCAAUGCAUGCUUCUGCAACCUCUCCUGCAGAAACCCCAAUGAUAUAUUUGCUGACCUUCAGCCUUACUACCACAAUGAGAUCAUAAACUAAGACUGCGAGGCGUCAUGACCAUAGGAUUUCCACUUUAUAUUACGAUAUGCUCUAACAUAAUCAGUGCUGGCUGAUAGGAUCAGUGAUUGUAAGUCAGUUCAACAGGUCAAUGGUAAAAUCUUUUACUCAUGUAUGUUCAGAUAAUAUAUAUCUUGAGUUAAUGCACAUUCUGGGUGGGUAUUACUGUGCCACAUUCAAAAUCUGCAUGUUGGAGUAAAUAAGAAGCAUCUGGUAUGCACAGUAUUUGAUUUUGUGUUAGCAAAAUCACGCUUUAUGGUGAAGGAAAGUAUCUCAAAUUUCCAAAAGGCAUACACAUCAGGAGGAUUUUAUCCCACUCAUUUGGAAUGUAGUUUGGUUGGAAAAUGUUCCCUUUGACAUUUUCCAAAGUCUUAAGUCACAGAGGAGCCUAAGGGCUUAUGUAAUGGAAAUACUGUAUGAAAUUAAUUUGUGUGAGAUUUUUAUAUUCCGUACAUGAAAAUAUAAUAUUUAGAAACAGUCACAGGUUUUAAGCACACAUUUUUAUGAAGAUAUACAGUAGGUGUUUUGUUUUUACAAAAUGUGUAAAUUUUGUGUUGUUUAUAUUGAGUAGCACUUUUUAAUGGAUUAUAUUUGAACAACUUGUUCAGACCUGAAAUGUCUUUCAUAUUUGUUUGUUUUUCAGCAAGGCCACACAUAUGUUUUCCCACAUCCACUACCAGUGAAAAAUUUGGACACACCUUCUCAUUCAAUGUUUUUUCUUUACUUUUAUUAAUUAAGACACUUCAUGUCUUAAAGUAAUGAUGGAUGUCGUUUCUCUUUACUUAGCCGAGCAGUUCUUGACAUAAUAUGAAUUACUACAGUUGUGGAAAAGGGCUAUUUACUGUAUUUUUAUUAUUUACUAUUUACUGUUUGAUCUCAAAUGCAUUAAGAAGGCAAGAAAUUGCACUAAUUAACUUGUGACGAGACCCCUGUUAAUUGAAAAGCAUUCCAGGUGACGACCUCAUGAAGCUGGUUAAGAUAAUGCCAGUAGUGUACAAAGUAUCAUCAAGGUAAACGGCGACUACUUUGAAGAAUUGAAAAUAUGAAACAUAUAUUUUGUUUUUAUUUUUUAACACUUUUGUUUGCCACCUAAUUCCAUAUAUGUUCCAUAUGUUAUUUCACAGUUUUGCUGUCUACAGUAUUGUUUUACAAUCUAGAAAAUUGUCAAAAUACAGAAAAACCUAUGAAUGAAUAGGUGUGUCCGAACUUUUGACUGGUACUGUAUGUCACUACGUUACAUAUACAGCUACAUGUCCAAUUAACUUAUUUUCUAUAUUCAAACUCGAGCUGUGUGAGAUAAAUAUGUUUAAUAUCCACUGAAUAAAGACGCAGAACAGCAAAAA